CCCUCAGCCCAGUUUCUGGAAUUAUAAAUCAAUUGGGCAUUUUUGUGAAAAUUAAAAUUCUGAGCUUUCCACAUCCAAAAUCAAAACUCAAAUUCUUCGUGGCGAUUACCAAUCCAAUCAGAUUCCAAUCCAAUCGUUACAACCAGAAAAAUGGCGAGAGGUUUGAUUUGGGCGAGUGCUGAGGAUUUGGCUCGGAACAGGGGGCGGGUUCUGUCGCUGUACCGGCAGAUACUGAGGAGCCUGAACUCACCCGAUCUGCCGUUCAACUUCGCGGCGCGGCUGGCGAAGAAGGCGGAGGCUCGCGCGAUCUUCGUGGUGGCGGCGGAGGAGCGAUCCGUCCACAACAUCGAGGACCUCAUAGACACCGGCGAGUACGCUCUCUCGCUUCUCAAGAAAGGCCAAAUCCCCAAAUAUAGUUUGUCUAGCUGAGCUGCAACGGCGAGGUGUUGGGAUUUAACAUAACAUUAGCCAUUUUUGAAGCUGGGAUUCUGCAUUCAUCUAUUUUCCAUAUUUCGAUUUCGAAAAAAUAAGGUUUUGAACUUGAUUUUCGGUUUGAGAAUGCAUGAAUAGUUAUAAUUAUCGAUUCGAUCUUAUCUCUUCAA